AUUGUUCAAAAACGACCAUCUUCUCAGCGUUUUACUUUUUUAUGUGCUUCCAAUUUGCUUAUCCAUAAAUACUCUUCAGAGAUCAUUUUAUUUCUUUAUGUUUAGGCAUUUCUUUUAGAAAUUUGGAGGAAUUUGAGGGUUAUUGCAUCUUUUCAAGUAUUUACUAACUUUUGUACGGGAAGUUCUCUUUCGUUGCCUAUGGAUUCUUCUUUCCUUCUUCUAUUGAAGUUCGGAUUCACCCCCAAAAGAAAAAAAAAAAAAAAAAAAAAAAAAAGAAAAGAGGAAAAAAAAAAAGGAAGAAAGGAAAAAGAACUCUGGAAUCUGCUUCAAGUUCAUCUAGGUUAUCUGGGAUGGGCUGGACAAAGAAGUGGAAAAAAAUGGGGUCUUUGAAAGAGUAAUAAGAGAGAAGAAAGAUGGAGAGAGAGAGAGUUUGGAGAGAAAAAACAGCACCACCCACUCACACAUCAAAAAAGGCAUCAGGUUUUCUUUCUAUACAAAAAAGCAGGGUUGUACCGAUUCACCUCCCAUCUGUGAAUAUGCAUUAUUAAGAGACUUUGUGCUGUUGGAGAGAGAGAGAGAGAGAGAAAGAAAGAAAUAGAAAAGCAAAGAAAGAAUGAGAGAGAGUAAAGUAAUGUGUGAUUUGUCAUGGAGGCUAUGUUUUUCGAAAUGUCAGUUUGAGUCCCUCCCUCCAUCCCUCCCUCUCUCUUUAAUUUCCAAACUCGCACAGAAUGGCCCAUGUUUGCCAUACUAGAAGACAAAAAAAGAUUAAAAAACAAAAAUAGGUAGGAUAAAUAAAAAUAAAUUUGUCCAAUUUAUAUAAUUCAAAGUAGUUUCAAUUUCAUUUUAAUCUUCUUGGUUGAUAAAGAUAAAGCAAGUCAAGCCUUUUAGCUUCAUGUUAAUAUUUUUCUUACAAAGCCAAAUGUGAUUCAGUAAAGAUGAAGAAAAUCGAAAGUACAGGAUUUAUGAGUAGUUUUGAUAUCAUGUAAAUGAACCGUAGGAUCACACUGCUGACUGCUUUGUGAAUAUCACUGAGGAUUUUUAGAAUUCUAUGAUUUUUCUUGGUUUUCGGAUUGUUAUGUUUUUUGUAAAGGAUAGAGAUGAAGAAACAUAUAUUAUGAAUAGUAAAACAUGAUCAAAUUCUGUGACUAUUCUUGUUUAUAUUAUAAUAGCAGAAGAAGAUUAUAUGCUAAGAAUGUAGAAGCUACAUAUAAUAUGAAUAUGAUAUUAUUUGAAUUUUUUUAAACCUAAAAAAAGUGUAGAUUUUGGCUCUUUUGUAGAAAUAAAAGUCCUUAGAAAUUUGAUUUGUUGUCUUGUUUUAUCUUUAAUUUUUGUUGGAUAUUAGAAAUUUAUUUUUAAAAAAAAAAAUAGCAAAUGUAGUUUUUUUUUUUUUAUAAUUAUAUACUUUGCUAAUGUUUCUCUGUAAAAUUUUUUUUUUUUUAGGUGUUAACUGGUGCUACAUCUUACAUUUGAUCUCACUUUUGUUUAUUAACAAGUUUAGCAAGUUCAAGUAUUUAUAUAUAUAUAUGUUUCUUUUCUAAAUAUCUUUUUUAAAGUUUUUAAAAAAAUUUACCUAAUUUUAGUUUUGUGAAAUUGUUGUGUUAGUAUGUUAUUAUUGGUUGGUAGAUAUAAUAUUGACCAUUUCUCUACAUAAGGUGUCAUUAAAGGUUUUGUUUUUUUUUUUUUUUGGGUAUUACAUGCUUGAUUACUAGAUUUAUGUAGUUGAAUAUUUAAAAAAAUUGCUUUUCUUUUUUUUUUUUUUUUUUUUAUAUGUUGUGAUUUUAUCUUUUCAUCCAUCUUUUGUUUCUCUUAUAUAUUUUUUUACCUUGCAUUUUCUAUCGUGAAAACAGAAUUUGGUGUGUUUAAGAUUUUGGAUAUGGAUUUAUAGAUCUUUAUUAAUUGUGAAUGCAAUCUUGAAAUCAUAAUGUAGAUAACAAACCAAGGUUAAAAUAGAAAAAAAUGUACUUUAAAAUGGUAUUAGCUAUAUGGAUAGAUAACCUUAAAAAGAGUUGUUGCCCGUUAUCUUUUGUUGUAAUCCAUUAGGUUAAUGCCUCAAUCUUCACCUCUGCUCUCUCCACCUAAUGCCACUUCAAUGAUCUAAGUUUGACUGCCAAGCCAACCUUCUAACAAGGCCUCAUGGACAAUAAAUUCCCUUUCAAGCUAAAAAAUUAAUAUUUAAGCUUGGUAAAAGAACAACAAGAAAGCAUACCUCUUUCUUUACCGAAUGUGUUCCUUUUAAAGCUCUCAUUUUCCGUUUCUUGGUUUGAUUCCUAACAUUACCUUUGGAUUUUGUCCAAUGGUCAAUUUCUUAACUAGUUUUUAUCCCCAGAUGGGAUUUAUCAUUGCCAUGGUAAAAUCUUUCUUUUUGGUUUUCCUCUGGUCUUUCUUUUCAUGCACACCAUGCCAUACUGGUUAACUUUGUAUUUUAGUUUCCCAAGGUGGUUCACGCUUACUUAGAUUCAUGUGCAUGAUUUUUCUUUCAAUAAGAUUAUACUCACGGCCUUGUUCUUCAGCAUUUUAAGCCUAACAAGCAUGGCUAGGUUCUCUUGGUGACCUAUGUUGGGUUGGUAAUAUUAUAACAAAGCCAUCUUAUAAUCUAGGAUUGUGUUAGCAUGGUAAGUCCUAUAAUCUAAUAGAAACAAUUUGGUGUAAAGCUUAAUAUUUUCUUAUCACAUUCAAUUUGUAUAAUGUAAAAUCCUUUAUUCAGUUAUAGUACAAGAAAUGUCGUACACUAAAUGCAUUUCAUAUUAUUUAGUUUAUGAUUAAUUAUCACCUCUAAUUGGUAAUUCUUCUUUUAUUUAGGUGUCAAGUCAUUGUUGAUUUGAUAGAUAAUUCUUCAUCUUUGAAUGCUACAUUGUUCGGAAAUCAAGCUGAAAAUUUUCUUGGUUGCACUGUAUAUGAGUUGAUGAAUAACUCUGAUGGGGUGAUAUAAUUCUUUUCAUAUCUGUUUAAGAAAAUGAGUUGUCAGUUUUAACUUCUUCUUUGAAAAAACAUAUAUAAAUCAUGCAAAUGUUUAUGUGAGUACUAAUUGUGAAUUUUUUUUUUUAUGAUACUGUUAAAGAUAUUGAAAAAAAUUGCUACAUUAUCCAGUAGUCAUAAGCUUCUAAUUCAAGUUAAAGCAUUUAAACAUGAAUAUCAUGUUAUUACAAGAUGAAAAUACACAAUUCUUUCUAUUUAUGAUGCUGUUUCAAAAGAAAUCAACACAUUGACACAAACAGAUGUUUCAAGCAAUACUGAAGUUAGUCAGGUUUUAGAAAUUGUUGAAGAGAAAAGUGGAAAAUCAUUGGACAUAACUAAGUUGAGAGAUGUCUGGAAAUAUUGACGAUGCUAAGAUAGAACAAGUGAGCAAUAAAGAUAAAGUCUUAGCUAAUUUGGUUUCAAAGCCUGCUACAAGAAACAAUGCAACAAAGAAACUAAAGCUAAUGGCUUCCAAAAGUGCAGCAGGUACCGAAAAUGGCCACAACAGAGCAUCCGAAAUCCAACAACUUGAGUGAAAAAAUUGAGGCAGUUUCAGGCCAAAAUCCAAAUACCCAACAGAACAUACCUCACUUGCACUGUUUCUGGAAAUCACUUGAACAUCAGUACCCACCGGGCUUUUUCAAAAAGGUGGUGGCAGAGAUCAUAGCAACCUACAUGUUAGUGUUCGUGACAUGUGGUUCGGCAGCUCUGAGCGCAAGUGAUGAACACAAGGUGUCUAAGCUGGGAGCUUCGGUUGCCGGAGGACUCAUAGUGACGGUCAUGAUCUAUGCAGUUGGUCACAUCUCUGGGGCACACAUGAACCCGGCCGUCACUUUGGCUUUUGCUGCUGUCAGGCAUUUUCCUUGGAAACAGGUCCCAGUUUAUGCAGUAGCUCAACUAACAGGAGCAAUAUCAGCUUCGUUUACACUAGCCAUACUACUGCAUCCAAUAAAGCAUAUCGGCACAACAUCACCUUCUGGAACACACAUUCAAGCUCUAGUUAUGGAGAUUGUAGUCACAUUUUCAAUGAUGUUCAUCACUUCUGCCGUGGCAACCGAUACUAAAGCUAUUGGAUAGCUAGCGGGCAUAGCAGUUGGCUCCGCGGUAUGCAUAACAUCAAUUUUGGCCGGGCCCAUAUCAGGUGGAUCAAUGAACCCGGCAAGGACAAUAGGCCCAGCAAUUGCUAGCUCCUAUUACGAUGGUAUUUGGGUUUAUGUUGCCGGCCCAAUCGGUGGAACAUUACUAGGAGCAUGGUCUUACAAUUUGAUUCGGGUCAACGACAGACCCACCCAUGAGAUAUCUCCGGGUUCACUUUCAUUCAAACUACGCCGAAUGAGGAGCAAUGAACAACACUUAGACACUAAAGAACAACCACUCAAUUCGGUAUGA